AUGGUCCUGGAGGGGGUGGAGGAAACUGUUCUCCGCUGCGAGCUGAUGCUCGCGGAGCAGAAGCUCUUGGUUGCUCCGAAUUGUUCGGAUCUGAGGUUGGGGGUUGUUGACCAGAAGCGUUGUGAGCUUCGGCAUUGUGAGAUGUUCUCUGUGUGCCAGGAGUUCCUGAGACCGGAGAGAAUCGGAGUCGAGUUCCUUGGAUCGGAGUUCUCGCGGUUCUCGGAGUUCUCGCGGUCCCAUUUCUUUGUUCAAAAGUCGAACCACGGUGCAAUGGUGGCGGUGUAG